UUAAUUCCUUCCCUAGCCUUAAGAACAAAUGUCUUUGAGGGCCAACAUGCUUUAGAAGAGACAAACUUGUUUUCUUUUUCUUUUAUCAUCUUCUCAAAAUCUUGCUUCUCUCUCUUGCAUGGUUUUUUGUUUUUCUAGAGAGAGAAAGCAAAGAAAGAAUUAGGGUUUGAUAUUGUGGAAUUAGGGUUUAUGAUCAAAAAUUGGAAAUGACUUGGUGCAAUGAUUGUAGUGAUGUUCAAACAAUUGAAAGAAGCUCUCCUGCUAAAAUUAUUAGUAAUUCAAAUUUUCUUGCUCAAAAACACAAAGAAAGCUUGCUUAGAUCCUGUCCUUCAUGUGGUCAUCAAAUCAAAUGCCAAGACCAGGCAAGAAUCCAUGAUUUGCCAGGGCUACCAGCUGGAGUAAAAUUUGAUCCGACGGAUCAAGAGCUGCUUGAGCAUUUGGAAGGGAAGGUGAAGUGUGAUGCUCGUAAACUUCAUCCUCUAAUUGAUGAGUUUAUCCCUACCAUUGAAGGAGAGAAUGGAAUUUGCUAUACUCAUCCUCAAAAGUUGCCAGGAGUAAGCAAAGACGGGCUAGUUCGCCAUUUCUUCCAUAGACCUUCAAAAGCAUACACAACAGGAACAAGAAAAAGAAGAAAAGUACACACAGACACAGAAGGUGGUGAGACAAGAUGGCACAAAACAGGCAAAACCAGACCAGUUUUUGUCACUGCAAAAAUCAAAGGAUACAAGAAAAUUCUAGUUCUCUACACAAACUAUGGCAAACAAAAAAAACCAGAAAAAACCAAUUGGGUAAUGCAUCAGUAUCAUCUUGGUAAUAAUGAAGAAGAAAAAGAUGGUGAACUUGUUGUCUCCAAAAUAUUCUACCAAACACAACCUAGACAAUGUGCUUCAAUCAUGAAAUUAGAUUCAAUUUCUUCAAAAUUGAAAGGGCAAAAUGGUCAUGAUCAAGAUUCUAAUGAGAAUAAUUCUUCUCUUGUUGAGUAUUAUAGUCCUUCUUUUAUAAAUUUUGAUCAAGGUGGUCAAAUUACUAGACCAAAUAACCCUCUCCCACAUUUUGGAGUUCAUGAUGGAUCUUCUUUUAUCCCUUGAAAACUAAAUUAUGGACGGAGAAGGCUGCAUGCAUGCAUGGAAAAGGUGGUAAGUAUAUUAUGAAAUAUAAAUUAAAUAAAAUAUAUAUUAUAUACUGUAAUGUUGUUAGUAUAUUGGGGCAAAAAGGGAAUAACAUGGAAAAAAGGAUAGGAGUCAGAUUCUUCAGUGUUAAAAAUUUGAAGAUCAUUUGGCUAUAUAAUUUUUCCUUUUUUUUGUUUUUUGUUUUUGAAAAUAAUUAUUUUUACAUAUUUUGGAUGUAUAAUGCUUAAAUGCAUGGUUUGUACAGUGUGAGAGGAAGAUUGGAAGAUGUAAAAUUGACCCAUUUAAUUGUUUGAGAAUAUUAACUUUGGAAGCUGUACAAAGAUGAUUCUUACCUUCAAUAUUUCAACUUCCUGCA